CUAAACUUCUAAGUGACUCAAAUAUUAAAAAUCAUCAAUAAGCAAAUUAUUUUAAGAAUAAUUACGAUAAUCAUUAUUUGUUGUAAGUUGACCUUCAAUUUCAACUUUCGGAAAGUUUUAUAAUAGCUAUCUUUAGUUUUAAAGUAAAGACAUAAGUUUAAUGGUGAAUAAUUUUGUCAGAGUAAUCUUAACGCAAGCUAAAAAAUAUCUAGUCAAUAAUACAAUUUGCGUGCGGUUAAGCACUAAAAGUAAUAGUAGCGGACAAAAAUACUUAUUAAACCUACAUCUUGCCGGAUCAAGCAACAUUUAUCAAAAAAAUUGUUUUACAACAACUAGCAAAUCUGUUUUGCAGAGAAAUAUGACCGAAAAACCGAAAGUUGUUUUUGUUUUGGGAGGUCCCGGUGCAGGUAAAGGUACCCAAUGUCAAUUGAUCGUUGAAGAAUUUGGUUUCGUACACUUAUCAGCUGGUGAUCUCUUAAGAGCGGAACGAUCGCGUGAAGGUUCUGAAUAUGGUGAAAUGAUAGAAGAAUGCAUUCGUAAUGGAAAAAUUGUUCCUGUUGAGGUAACAUGUUCUCUAAUAGACAAUGCCAUGCAGGAUAAUAUUAAACAAUUUGGCAAAUACAAAUUUUUAAUUGACGGUUUCCCAAGAAAUCAAGAUAAUUUAGACGGAUGGAAUAAAAAAAUGUCCGAUAAAGUUAAUUUUAUGUUCGUUUUAUUUUUUAACUGUGAUCAAAAAAUUUGCAUUGACCGUUGUUUAGCUCGUGGAAAAGCUGGUUCUGGACGUUCCGAUGAUAAUGAAGAGAGUAUGAAAAAAAGGAUUUCUACUUAUGUAAAUGAUUCUUUGCCUAUAAUUGAACAUUAUCGAAAGCUAAAUAAAGUUCGUGAAAUUGAUGCUGCUCCUGAACCUGAAGUUGUUUUUGAAGCUGUAAAGCUCGCUUUUAGAUCCCAUAACGACGAAACUAAUUGAAAGUAAAACCUUAAUUAUUAGAAUAAUUUGCCAAAAAUUAGAUAAAUAAUAAAAUCAUCAAUUAUUAUCAUUCCGACAUCUGCAAAAGGAAAAAUUAAUUGUAAAAAUUUUAAAAUUAAGUGUGCUAGUUGAAAAUUAAUAUUUUAAAUGGAUGAACUAAUGAGAACAUUAUACAAAAUUAAUUUAAAAUGCAACAGUUGUAGUGCACUAAACAAAAUGUUUUGAAAUAAAAGCUUAUUUUUGAAGGCUU